GUGACCAGAAAAACCCAUACUGACUUUGAGAGUUUGAUUGAACUGCAGCAAGCUAAUAUCGAUGAUUCAUACGGCAAGAUUUCAAAACUACUUUCACCCCUAUUUAUAACAAAUGUACUUCUUGUCAAAACAACUAAAACCGCCUGUGCAGUCAGCGUUUUGAAACCUGAGUCUUUGAUAUUUGUCACGUGACUCACCAAGUGUAGUGAUGCAUCUUGGUGCAACAGUUCAUCUUUGGUAACUCCGGAAGACUCGCUAGCCGAUGAUGUGCUAAAUCAAGUGAGUUUACUGCUUUAAAUUUCCUAUAUGAGCCUUUUCUAAAGAGGAGAAAUAUCACUUCGGCAAAAGAGAUGCAGGACGAGGGCAGCCUCCCUGGCAUUGCCUCUCUGAACGCCUCCUACUCCACGUCGCUGACCCUCCCUUCCCCGUACCUCCUGCUUCCACCUGUGGCGCGCAAAGCUGUCUCUGAUGUCCGGCGCACCUUCUGUCUCUUUGUGACCUUUGACCUCCUCUUCAUCACACUUCUGUGGAUUAUAGAGCUAAACGUGACCGGUCCGAUUUUGGAUAAUCUAGCAGAUCAGGUCAUCAGAUAUAAAUUCAAGACUUCCUUCUUUGACAUAGUCCUCCUUGCCGUGUUUCGUUUCCUCUGUCUACAAAUUGGCUAUGCAGCGUUUCUGUUGAAACACUGGUGGGUUGUCGCGAUUUCAACUCUGGUGACCAGCGUCUUCCUCGUGGUGAAGGUCAUUGUGUCUGAACAGCUCUUGUCCAAAAACGCCUUUGGUUAUGUUUUACCCAUCACCUCAUUUGUGGUGGCGUGGUUGGAAACCUGGUUCCUUGACUUCAAGGUUCUCACUCAGGAAGCCGAAAAUGACCGAGCUUACCUAGCAGCAGCGAACGCUGACAGAGCUCCUAUGCUCUACCCCCGCCCUGUUUCUGACGGACAGUUCUACUCUCCACCUGAAUCCGUUGCAGAUUCAGACGAGUUUCUGGAUGAGGAGGGUCUCGGGAGCAGACCAGCCACCUUCAAGGAGAAGGAGUACAUCAAGCAGGGUCAAGAGGCCAUGUCUGUGCUGGAUAGUAUCCUCGCCCAGGAGGAGAACUGGAAGCUUGAGAAAACCAGCGACACGGGAGACAGCGUCUACAGUCUGGAGACUAUCAGCUACGGAAAGAUUUUUAUUCUGAAGGCCUUCAUGCAGUGUCCCGCGGAGUGCGUCUAUCAGGAGACGAUAAUGCAACCAGAGAAAGUAGUUGAGUGGACCAAAACAGUUACUUCCUGCCAGAUCCUCCAGAGAGUUGACGACAACACUUUGGUGACACAUGACGUUGCUGCUAGCGUAGGGGGAGGCAUCGUGGCUUCCAGGGACUAUGUCAAUGUGAGACGGAUCGAACGCAGACAGAACUCUUACUUGAGUGCUGGCGUAUCAACCAACCACGAUGCCAGGCCGCCGACUGACCGCUAUGUCAGGGGAGAAAAUCACCCAGGAGGAUUUGUGGUUCUGAAAUCCAGCAAUAACCCGGCUGUCUGCACAUUUAUCUGGAUCCUCAACACAGAUUUUAAGGGCCAUCUGCCCCGCUAUCUCAUCCACCAGGCCCUACCUUCCGGCAUGUUUGAGUUUGUGGGCCAGUUACGGGAGCGCAUCGCUGAACGUAAUCCCUGCCUUCGCCAACAGCUUCAUCCUGGACCCCUGUUAUAAACCUGAGGAGUGGCAGCGUCGUCCUGUGGAGCUCUUGAGCUGAAGGGAUGCGCGGCCAGCUGCCAUAACUGAACUGACUUUACCUCUAAGCAUAGGAGGCCAUAUUUCAGAUCAAACAGAGUAAUUUGGUCAGAACAAAUGAUUGUCCUCAAACUAUUUUUUGACUGUUACUCUGACUCCCACUAGGACAUGGGAUUUGUUCUGAGUUGAGGUGCGGCUUUCAUGAGGAGAGGAUCUGUGAGAACUGUUGUCACAGAACAGAAGCAGCUCAAAACCUAUUGUUGUUUAUUGUUUAUUAAUUUGCUGCGUUUCUUUCUUUUUUUCUGCACUUUCUUUAUAUCUUCCUGCCUACAUGUAACAGCCAUAUUCUUAUUAUUUAAAAAAAAAUACUGUGAUAGAUGGAAGAGGAUGCGCUACUUCCUGCUCACCGCUAGAGGGCGACAUGACUAAUGUAGAUUGGGAGAAGGUUCAGGCUUUUCUGCAGUACAACAGUAAAAUCUGUUGUUCCAGGGUCUUUAACCAGUUUUCUGUGAUUUCCACAGUGAUAUCUUAAAGCUAAUUUCAGAUCAAAGCGACGAUUGUUCAGGCGAUCUAAAAGUAGAUCAGACAUCUUACUACUGCUGUCUUUUGUGCCAAUCACCUCAUGUGGCCUUGUUGGGGGCAGAAUAAUGAGCUGGAGUAAUUACAUGAUUUACAAGUAAAUUGAAGUUACAAUUUACUUCGUUAUGCAUGUGAGAAAUGGAUGAAGCUUUUAAUUUCUUUGCAUAAUGAAGCAAAACUCGGCUUGUAAUGAUGGAAAAACUUCUCCUUCAGCUUAGUGUUAUUAGUCUGCAUACUGGUGGUACCAUGCUCCUCAAAAAUCAUCGUGGUUCAAAGGUAAUUGUCCUGAAAUGUGGGUAAAAAGCUGUGGGGGUUUUUUUGUUUGUUUUUUUACAGAAACUUCAGUUAUUUUUCCUAAAGGAACAAAUUUGUGGAUUUGACUUUGAGGAAUUUUUGUUUUUGGAAGCUGCAGUUAAUAUAGGUGGAAAAAAAGAGCUGUGCAAGACGUCUGAAAUAAUUGGAUAAUAAAAUUACUCGGAUGUAUUUGUUCUGACUUUUAAAGCUUCCAACAGAAGGAAUUUCAAGUGAAGAAAAAAAUGUAAACAAUUGUGCCUUCAUUGCAGUAAUAUAAUAUACUGGGCUUAUUGCUUUUUGUUCGUUCAAACCUGUAUAUUUUCUGCUCCGAUGACGGUCUGUUGAUGCACGAGAAGCCUGCUCGGAGCGCUUAUGUUUACUUAUUUCAAUAUUAGUUUGCAGAUUACUUUGUAAUUCAUUUUAAUAUCAAACAUGUUAAUCCAAAGCCAUCACUACUGACCAAUUGUUUUUACUGAAUCUUAAGUGUCUUAUGUGUAAUAAAACAUCUACACUUAUCU